UCCCGCUGAAGGAGUCCGAAGUCAAUGUUUGUGGCGGAGCGCGCGAAGAGAAGAAGAAGAAGUAAAAAAGAAGGAGAAAGAGAAGGAGGAGGGCAUGGCGCUCCGGCUGAGCGAGGGGGCCAUCGCGGCCAUCAUGAAAGGGGACAACUCUGUGAAACCCGUUCUCCAGCUCAUUAACAUCCGUCCCAUCUCUAGCAGCAGUGGUCCUCCGCGUUACCGGAUGCUGAUGAGUGAUGGCGUGAACACGCUUUCCUCUUGCAUGCUGGCAACACAGCUGAACUCCAUGGUUGAUGACAAAACCUUGACAGCAAACGCAAUCUGUCAAAUUAACCGCUUCAUCAUGAACACCCUUAAAGAUGGAAGGAGAGUGAUGAUUAUGAUGGAUUUAACUGUUCUCCGAGCUGGCGAUGCCAACGCCCCUAAGAUUGGCAAUCCAGUGCAGUAUGUGGAAGGAGCUGAGCAAUCCGUGAAGCCACAGCAGAGCCCCGGCCUAGCAGCCAACCCAGCACCAAGCCACCCACCCCAGCACCAGAACAGCAGCCCAGGAGCUGGUGUCGCUUCACCCUCAGGAAUGGCGGCGAAGUAUGGUGGCCUUUCCAAGGUUCCUGGGAAAGGGCCAGGCCACUACUUUGCGAACACCCCAGAGGGCUCCCAGACCAAAGUGGUGCCCAUUGCCAGCUUGAAUCCGUACCAGUCCAAGUGGACUAUUUGCGCCCGGGUGACUCAAAAAGGACAGAUCCGAACAUGGAGCAACUCACGUGGAGAAGGGAAGCUGUUCUCCAUAGAGCUGGUGGAUGAAAGUGGUGAGAUCCGAGCAACGGCCUUUAAUGACCAAGUGGACAAGUAUUUCCCUCUCAUUGAGUUGAACAAGGUCUAUUACUUCUCCAAAGGCUACCUGAAGGUAGCCAAAAUGCAAUACACGGCCGUGAAGAACGAGUACGAGAUUGCAUUUUCCCACGACACCUCUGUCAUCCCCUGUGAGGACGCUCAGCACCUCCCCAGCAUCCAGUUCGACUUUGUUUCCGUCGGCGACUUGGAGAGUGUCAGCAAAGACCGUCUUGUAGAUGUCAUUGGCAUCUGCAAGAGCUAUGGGGAUGCUACAAAGAUCACCAUCAGGUCCUCCAACCGGGAAGUCUUCAAGAGGGACAUGGAAUUGAUGGACAUGUCUGGCAAGACAGUGACUGUCACUCUCUGGGGAACGGAAGCUGAGAAGUUUGAUGGCUCUCAGCAGCCUGUGGUGGCCAUCAAAGGAGCCAGAGUUUCAGAUUUUGGUGGCCGGAGCCUCUCGGUCAUUACGUCGAGCACCGUCAUCAUAAACCCUGAUCGCCCCGAGGCCUUCAAGCUCCGCGGAUGGUUUGACUCAGAAGGGCAGCUCCUGGAGGCCACCUCCAUAUCCAACGCCCGGACUGGGCCCGCAGGAGAUGGGAACGCCAACUGGAAAACUCUGCACGAGGUUAAAACCGAGAACCUAGGUCAAGGAGAUAAGGCUGAUUACUUCAGUUGUGUGGGCACAGUGGUCUACUUGCGGAAGGAGAACUGUAUGUACCAGGCGUGCCCAACCCCGGACUGCAAUAAGAAAGUCAUUGAUGAGCAGAAUGGGCUGUAUUGCUGUGAAAAAUGCAACAAGCAGUUCCCCAACUUCAAGUACCGCAUGACCCUUGGGGUGAACAUUGUUGACUUCCAAGACAAUCUGUGGAUCACUUGCUUCCAGGAGGCUGCGGAGACCAUCCUGGGGCAGAACGCAGCCUAUCUUGGAGAACUGAGGGCAAAGGAUGAACAAGCCUUCGGCGAGGUGCUCGAUAAUGCCACGUUCACCACCUACGAAUUUCGCAUCAGGAUCAAGCUGGAGACUUUCAACGACGAGUCACGCGUGAAGGCAACAGUCAUGGAUGUAAAGCCGGUCAACCACAAGGAGCAGGCCAAGCGACUGAUCCUGACCAUCAGGAGGAACGCUGAGCUGCUGGGUUGAGGAGCUCGGAGGCAGAAGGAGCCCUUGUCCACUGGAGAUUGCCAGGCAAAAGGUUUCGAUGGGUCUCUUCCUCCCCCCUGUUGGUACCCUCUGCACUUGUCUGGAUGGAGCCAGCACCCAGCCCCUCAAUACUUCUUCCCAGCUGACUGUUGUGUUUCUCUUGCCAUGGAGGAGGAGGAGAUGCCUAUGCCACCUGCCUGGAGUGUGUGUGUGGCCGGCCAUAGGAGCUGGGUGAGGGCAUUCCUUGUUUAUUUUCCUCUCUUAAGCAACUCUGGACACAAAGAGUUGAAAUGUUUCCCACACACUUAAAAUUAAAAAACCACCCAACAGCUCCUGAAAUGCUGGUAGGACGUUGGCUCUGCCCUCCUGGCAUGGCGGGUGGAGAAGAUGGUGGUUCUCUUGACAUUGUUUGGACACACACACACGGUCCGUUUGCUCUGCUCUUUUCUUUUGUGGUGUGUUCAAAGGUUUCCUCCCUCCCUCCCUUCCACAGGUGCCAGGCAGUUGUUAAUGCUUGGAAUGGCAAUAUGGUAGAAUUAUUAAUCAAAGGCGUAUCUCUUAUAUCUGAAGAAUAUCCUUCCUUCAGGGUUUAAUAGACUGAGUCAGAUGGGCCUGAUAUUAAUCAAAAUUGUCUCUUCUGAGAGCGCCUGAUAAGCGUUGACUCUUCAUCCCCGGGGGAAAUCUAGGCAACUACAAAGCAGCGCUUUAGUUUUUCACUUCAAUUAAUGCUGCAUUUCCCCCCUUUCCCUUUUUGGCUGCCGACUGCGGUGCCGCCGUGCUACCUGUCCAUAUCGCCUCCCCCAUGUCUUUUUUUUGCGUUUGUAUGUGAACAAAAUUCCUUUUAGAUUUGUUUGUUACCGACGCAAACGAGCAGAGAAGCCAGCCUUCAAAUUGGCUGGGUGCUUUUCUCUCCUUUCUCAAUAAACACUGUUUAGUUCUUGCA